AGGAAGAUGAUCCAUAUGAUCUUGAAGACCUUUCUGCACAGAAAUGAGGGAAAUACAAAGAACCAAAUAUCGUUCUGAAAUUCGGGAUCUGUAUUUUGAGAUGAUUUUAUUUUCAGAAUGAGAAGUAUAUCUGGUUAUCUUUAUGAAUGUAGAGACAUGACAAGAGAGUUAUGAUGGCAAAAAACAAAGAGCCUCGCCCCCCAUCCUAUACCAUCAGUGUAGUUGGACUCUCUGGGACUGAAAAAGACAAAGGUAACUGUGGAGUUGGAAAGUCUUGUUUGUGCAAUAGAUUUGUACGCUCAAAAGCAGAUGAAUAUUAUCCAGAGCAUACUUCUGUGCUUAGCACCAUUGACUUUGGAGGACGAGUAGUAAAUAAUGAUCACUUUUUGUACUGGGGUGACAUAACACAAAGUGGUGAAGAUGGAGUAGAAUGCAAAAUUCAUGUCAUUGAACAAACUGAGUUCAUUGAUGACCAGACUUUCUUGCCUCAUCGGAGUACGAAUUUGCAACCAUAUAUAAAACGUGCAGCUGCCUCUAAAUUGCAGUCAGCAGAAAAACUAAUGUACAUUUGCACUGAUCAACUAGGCUUGGAGCAAGACUUUGAACAGAAGCAAAUGCCUGAAGGGAAGCUCAAUGUAGAUGGAUUUUUAUUGUGCAUUGAUGUAAGUCAGGGAUGCAAUAGGAAGUUUGAUGAUCAACUUAAAUUUGUAAAUAACCUUUUUGUCCAACUAUCAAAAUCAAAAAAACCUGUAAUAAUAGCAGCAACUAAAUGUGAUGAAUGUGUGGAUCAUUAUCUUAGAGAAGUUCAGGCAUUUGCUUCAAACAAAAAGAACCUUCUUGUAGUGGAAACAUCUGCACGAUUUAAUGUCAACAUUGAGACAUGUUUCACUGCACUGGUACAAAUGCUGGAUAAAACUCGUGGCAAGCCUAAAAUUAUUCCCUAUCUGGAUGCUUAUAAAACGCAGAGACAACUUGUUGUCACAGCAACAGAUAAGUUUGAAAAACUUGUGCAGACUGUGAGAGAUUAUCAUGCAACUUGGAAAACUGUUAGUAACAAAUUGAAAAAUCAUCCUGAUUAUGAGGAAUACAUCAACUUAGAGGGAACAAGAAAGGCCAGAAAUACAUUCUCAAAACAUAUAGAACAACUUAAACAGGAACAUAUAAGAAAAAGAAGAGAAGAAUAUAUAAAUACUUUACCAAGAGCUUUUAACACUCUUUUGCCAAACCUAGAAGAGAUUGAACACUUGAAUUGGUCAGAAGCUUUGAAGUUAAUGGAAAAGAGAGCAGAUUUUCAGUUAUGUUUUGUGGUGCUAGAAAAAACACCUUGGGAUGAAACUGACCAUAUAGACAAAAUUAAUGAUAGACGGAUCCCAUUUGACCUCCUGAGCACUUUAGAAGCUGAAAAAGUCUAUCAGAACCAUGUACAACAUCUAAUAUCAGAGAAGAGGAGAGUAGAAAUGAAGGAAAAAUUCAAGAAGACUUUGGAAAAAAUUCAGUUUAUUUCACCUGGGCAGCCAUGGGAGGAAGUUAUGUGCUUUGUUAUGGAAGAUGAAGCCUUCAAAUAUAUCACUGAGGCUGAUAGCAAAGAGGUGUAUGGUAGGCAUCAGCGAGAAAUAGUUGAAAAAGCCAAAGAAGAGUUUCAGGAAAUGCUUUUUGAACAUUCUGAACUUUUUUAUGAUUUAGAUCUUAAUGCAACACCUAGUUCAGAUAAAAUGAGUGAAAUUCAUACAGUUUUGAGUGAAGAACCUAGAUACAAAGCUUUACAGAAACUUGCACCUGAUAGGGAGUCUCUUCUACUUAAGCAUAUAGGAUUUGUUUAUCAUCCCACUAAAGAAACAUGUCUUAGUGGCCAAAACUGUACAGACAUUAAAGUAGAGCAGUUACUUGCCAGCAGUCUUUUGCAGUUGGAUCAUGGCCGCUUACGGUUGUAUCAUGAUAGUACCAAUAUAGAUAAAGUUAACCUUUUCAUUUUAGGGAAGGAUGGCCUUUCCCAAGAGCUAGCAAAUGAGAUAAGGACACAAUCCACUGAUGAUGAGUAUGCCUUAGAUGGAAAAAUUUAUGAACUUGAUCUUCGGCCUGUUGAUGCCAAGUCGCCUUACUUUUUGAGUCAGUUAUGGACUGCUGCCUUUAAACCACAUGGGUGCUUCUGUGUAUUUAAUUCCAUUGAGUCACUGAAUUUUAUUGGGGAAUUUAUCGGAAAAAUAAGAACGGAAGCUUCUCAGAUCAGAAAAGAUAAGUAUAUGGCUAACCUUCCAUUUACAUUAAUUUUGGCUAAUCAGAGAGAUUCUAUUAGUAAGAAUCUACCAAUUCUCAGGCACCAAGGGCAACAGUUGGCAAACAAGUUACAAUGUCCUUUUGUAGAUGUACCUGCUGGUACAUAUCCUCGUAAAUUUAAUGAAACCCAAAUAAAGCAAGCUCUAAGAGGAGUAUUAGAAUCAGUUAAACAUAAUUUAGAUGUGGUGAGCCCAGUUCCCACCAAUAAGGAUGUAUCAGAAGCUGACUUGAGAAUUGUCAUGUGUGCCAUGUGUGGUGAUCCAUUUAGUGUGGAUCUUAUUCUUUCACCCUUCCUUGAUUCUCAUUCUUGCAGUGCUGCUCAAGCUGGACAGAAUAAUUCCCUGAUGCUUGAUAAAAUCAUUGGUGAAAAAAGGAGGCGAAUACAGAUCACAAUAUUAUCAUACCAUUCCUCAAUUGGAGUAAGGAAAGAUGAACUGGUUCAUGGGUAUAUAUUAGUUUAUUCUGCCAAACGGAAAGCAUCAAUGGGAAUGCUUCGAGCAUUUCUGUCAGAAGUUCAGGACACCAUUCCUGUACAGCUGGUGGCAGUUACUGACAGCCAAGCAGACUUUUUUGAAAAUGAAGCCAUCAAAGAGUUAAUGACUGAAGGAGAACACAUUGCAACUGAGAUUACUGCUAAAUUUACAGCACUGUAUUCUUUAUCUCAGUAUCAUCGGCAAACUGAGGUGUUUACACUGUUUUUCAGUGAUGUUCUAGAGAAAAAAAAUAUGAUAGAAAAUUCCUAUUUAUCUGAUAAUACAAGGGAAUCAACCCAUCAAAGUGAAGAUGUUUUCCUGCCAUCUCCCAGAGACUGUUUUCCUUAUAACAACUACCCUGAUUCAGAUGAUGAUACAGAAGCACCACCUCCUUAUAGUCCAAUUGGGGAUGAUGUACAGUUGCUUCCAACGCCUAGUGACCGUUCUAGAUAUAGAUUAGAUUUGGAAGGAAAUGAAUAUCCUAUUCACAGCACACCAAACUGUCAUGACCAUGAACGCAACCAUAAAGUGCCUCCACCUAUUAAACCUAAACCAGUUGUACCUAAGACAAAUGUGAAAAAGUUGGAUCCAAACCUUUUAAAAACAAUUGAAGCUGGUAUUGGUAAAAAUCCAAGAAAACAGACCUCCCGGGUGCCUUUGGCACAUCCUGAAGAUAUGGAUCCUUCAGAUAACUAUUCAGAACCCAUUGACACAAUUUUCAAACAGAAGGGCUAUUCUGAUGAGAUAUAUGUUGUCCCAGAUGAUAGUCAGAAUCGCAUUAUUAAAAUUCGAAACUCAUUUGUGAAUAACACCCAAGGAGAUGAAGAAAAUGGAUUUUCUGAUAGAAUCUCAAAAAGUCAUGGGGAACGGAGACCUUCAAAAUACAAAUACAAAUCUAAAACCCUAUUCAGUAAAGCCAAGUCAUACUACAGAAGAACGCAUUCAGAUGCAAGUGAUGAUGAAGCUUUCACCACUUCUAAAACAAAAAGAAAAGGAAGACAUCGUGGAAGUGAAGAAGAUCCACUUCUUUCUCCUGUUGAAACUUGGAAAGGUGGUAUUGAUAAUCCUGCAAUCACUUCAGACCAGGAGUUAGAUGAUAAGAAAAUGAAGAAGAAAACCCACAAAGUAAAAGAAGAUAAAAAGCAGAAAAAGAAAACUAAGAACUUCAAUCCACCAACACGUAGAAAUUGGGAAAGUAAUUACUUUGGGAUGCCCCUCCAGGAUCUGGUUACAGCUGAGAAGCCCAUACCACUAUUUGUUGAAAAAUGUGUGGAAUUUAUUGAAGAUACAGGAUUAUGUACUGAAGGACUGUACCGUGUUAGUGGGAACAAAACUGAUCAAGACAAUAUUCAAAAGCAGUUUGAUCAAGAUCAUAAUAUCAGUCUAGUAUCAAUGGAAGUAACAGUAAAUGCUGUAGCUGGAGCUCUUAAAGCUUUCUUUGCAGAUCUACCAGAUCCUUUAAUUCCAUAUUCUCUUCAUCCAGAGCUAUUGGAAGCAGCAAAAAUCCUGGAUAAAACAGAACGUCUUCAUGCACUGAAAGAAAUUGUUAAGAAAUUUCAUCCUGUUAACUAUGAUGUAUUCAGAUAUGUAAUAACACAUCUAAACAGGGUCAGUCAGCAUAAUAAAGUCAACUUAAUGACAGCAGACAACUUAUCCAUCUGUUUUUGGCCAACUUUGAUGAGACCUGAUUUUGAAAAUCGAGAGUUUCUGUCUACCACCAAGAUCCAUCAGUCUGUUGUUGAAACAUUCAUUCAGCAGUGUCAGUUUUUCUUUUACAAUGGAGAAAUUGUGGAAACUGCAAACACUGUGGCUCCUCCACCACCUUCAAACCCAGGACAGUUGGUGGAACCAAUGGUACCGCUUCAGUUACCACCACCAUUGCAACCUCAGCUGAUACAACCACAGUUACAGACGGAUCCUCUUGGUAUUAUAUAAGUAGGAAGUGAUUGCAGACAGCCUGAAAUUGGACAAAAGCAAAUCUAGGCAUGCAUGUUUCAGGGUUCAGUCGUAUACUUCAUGUUUCUUACAGAUAAUUCACAUUCAAAAUAAUGAGACAUUUUCUCUUUGAACUA